CACAGUAAAUUGUGUAUUCCAAUUAGUGAGGCUAGAAAAGACACAGAAAAUAACGUUUAUUCUUUAGGCGACUUUGGUCCAUUUGUUUUCAUCAGAUUGAUGCAAACUGGAAACAAUGGCGGCUCGUUUAUUCAAACCGAACAACCAUGGCACCUUAGGGCAACUUUUCUUCAUCUACAACUCCAAAUUCCUUUUUCAAUAUUCAACUAAAACUACCCCUGACCCGACCCGUUUCUUGGUCAACUAUCUGGUCAAGUCUCUUGGAUUUUCAAGAAAAGAAGCCAUUUCAACAAACACUAAGGUAUUUCGUUCAAAAUCCACUGGAAAUCCUCAAGUUGUGUUAAAUUUCUUUGAACAAAAUGGUUUAGACAAAACCCAUAUUGGAAAAAUUGUUUCUUUAGUACCCAAGUUGCUUUUAUGUGAUGUUGACAAAACCUUAAAGCCCAAACUUGACAUUCUUAAAGAUCUUGGUUUAUCUGGAACUGACUUAGUUAAGGUUGUUACAGGAAGUGUUUCUAUUUUGGGAAGUCCUGAAAUUUCUGAUAUGAGAUUUUCUGUAAGUUAUCUUAGAGAAGUAUUGGGUAGUGAUGAGUAUGUAGUGAAAGCUAUCAAGAAAAAACCAUGUUUGUUGUUUGUUAAAUCAUGUGAAAGAUUGAGGAUCAAUAUGUUGUUUUUUAAGAGUCUUGGGUUUUCAGAUGAGAAUAUCAAGAAGUUUUUAGUUCAGAAUCCAUAUACUCUUUUGGCAAGUCCUGAGAGUGUUGAGGAAAAAGUGGAGAGACUUCGAAGUGAAUUUAAUAUUUCUCGAGGGUCGGGAAUGUUUAUACAUGGUGUUGAUGUGUUUAUUUCGAUGAAAGAAUCGACUAUAGACACGAAACUUGGUGUCUUUAGGGAUUAUGGAUGGUCUAAAUGGGAUAUAACUAAAUUGGUUCAGCUUUUGCCUUAUUGUUUAAGGCUAUCACAGAAGAGAUUGCGAGCUUCGCUAAACUUUUAUAUGGAGGAACUUGGUUUGGAACCUGCUUACUUGGCUUCUCACCCGACACUGCUUAUGUUCAGUAUGAAAAAGAGGGUUUUGCCUCGGUUGGAACUCAUGAAAAGUUUAGUCGAGAAGAAACUAUAUGAUGAAGAUUACAAUCUGUAUACUGUUCUGUUGCCAUCAGAACAAAAGUUUCACCAGGUUUAUGUGCUUCCUUAUAAGGAUAAGGUGCCUGAUGUGUGCGAAUUGUACAACAAAAUUCAACAGCAUGGAAAAGCCAAAAAGUAAUAUGCUGAUCGGCAGAGGUUUGUAUUUUGGCUCAAUAGCAACUUUCCAUAUUGUGCUGGAUGAGACACGGGAGAAUGGCAAGGUGGCAGUGGCCUGGGUCAAAAUGGAGGGUGGCACCGGAAACAGCUUUGCAGGAUGAAUAUUUGCCGCGUGUUGGAAGCACUUGAUCUGCAAUUGGAAGUCCCCAAGCAUGCAUUCAUACAGAUUGUAGGUAGACAAACACGCUGCAUUCUGUCAAAGAAACUGAAGCAGAGCCAGAGCCAGUGAUGCAUGAUUUUAUUCUUUACUUAAUCAAGCUUAUAAACUUUAGUGUCAAUAGCUCUCAAGCUGGCAAUUUUGUUUCUGAAUCUGGAGCAAUAUUUAGCCUCGUAGUUAACUACGGGCUUUUGAUUUUUUCUCAAAUUCCAGUUAGGUAGCAGAAGCCUGCAAAAGAGGGGGGGAGUGUCACGACUUUCAAACGACGAUACCAGAGGCAUAUUGUCACAUUGGGCUGUUAGUUUUUUCAUUAACAUAGGAAAGAUAGUUAAUCAUUUCUUUGCUCAGGAUGCCAGUUGAAAAUUACUCAUGUCAUUCGAAACUGAAAGCUUCCUUUUUCCGAGAUUUCGUAUUCAAAGAUCAAGCGCAGCUUGUCCUUUUUUUA